AUGGACGGUGGGGAGGCGGUCGCACUCACCAGCGCAUCCGCCCCUGACACGAAGUCCCAGGUGGACGCUCUGAAAUUGAAAUACAAGGGGAUUGGCGGAAAGGGCAAAGGGGAUGGGGUGGACGCCAAGGGCCCCAAAAGUGCCUCCGCAACAUUGGGCCCGCGGCAGGGCCUGCCGUGGAACAAGUACAACAGGCUGCUGUCCCAGCCGAAGCCGCCUGCACGAAUCUCUAAGCCCUCGAAGGAGGAGAACGCGAGGCGCAAAUUAUGGAUGGAGGAAAAGCUGAAGUACCAGGAGAAGCAGCAGCGCCUCAUCGAGAAAAGAAAAACGGCCGAGAAACAGAAAAAAGAAGAAGUGGAGAGGAAAAAGGCCAUGGAGAGGAAGGAGGCGCUGUACGAGCGGUCCCAGCAGCGGAUGGAGCUGCAGGAGCGGCUGGCGCGGCAGCGGGAGGAGGCGGAUGAGCGCUUCCGAUCCAUGCUAGCCCAAAAACUGUCCCAGGGCGCGCCCCUCCACGAGCGGCUGCACCAGAACUUCCAGAGCAUGACCUCUGCACUGGACAGCGAGAAGAGGUGCGCGUACGACAAGGAAGUGGGAUGGCUGAAGUCCUUGCGUGUGCGGCAGAUCGUGGACGAGAAUGCCCUGACUGUGCUGAGGAAUCAAGGGGCCGAGGGGGCGGGGCUGAGAGCAAGGGCCAAGAGGGGUCUGAGCGCGGGGACUGGGGCCCACUCUGGGUCGGGAUACCGGCCGCUGAAGCCGAAGCGCAAGGCCGUCGUGGACAGAGGCACGUCCCCCGUUGAUGUCGACGGACCUCCGCCCAAGGGCGCCAGGGUGUUCGACCUUCCUGUGAGGAAAAAAUCAGAUGCCGAUGAGAAAAAAGCGCCAAAAGAAGAGCCCCGAUCUCAAGCGAGGAAACAGUCUGAGGUUCCACCCAAAAAGGCGUCAAAAGACGAGCCCCAGCAGCAGGGGGGGGGACAGGCACAGGCGGCAGCGAAAAGCGCGCCGGAAGAGGAGCCCCAGCUGAAGGAGAAGCUGGCCGAGGAGGAGAGGCGGAAGGCGGAGCUGGAGAGGGAGGCGGAGGUCGUGAAGGAGGAAGACGCGGCGGGUGGCAGCGAGGCGGAGGCGGACUCCGUGGAGGACGAGGGGGAGAACGAGGGGGAUGAGGAGUCCAGCGGGAGCGCGGGGUGA